AUGGCAGGUAUUAUUGCAAUUUAUGGAUUGGUCGUUUCCGUUUUGGUUUCAGGUUCUUUGAAACAACAGCAGGCGUUAUACACUGGGUUCAUCCAAUUGGGUGCAGGUUUGUCUGUUGGAUUAUCAGGUUUAGCCGCUGGCUUUGCCAUUGGUAUCGUUGGUGAUGCUGGUGUCAGGGGUACUGCUCAGCAACCAAGAUUAUUCGUUGGAAUGAUCUUGAUUUUAAUUUUUGCAGAAGUCUUGGGUUUGUAUGGUUUAAUUGUUGCCCUUUUGUUGAACUCAAGAGCUGAUCAAGAUGUUAAGUGUUAA